AUGAAGCAUCUGCAUGUUCCAAGCGUAACCGAUCUCCUCGAGAAAGAGUACCCUCAUUAUGCAUACAACAAGACAUACGCAGUAGCAUGCGCCGAUCCACUUGUGGUAGUACAUACUUCGGGUUCAACUGGUAUACCCAAACCCCUGAUUUGGACUCACGAGACAGCGGCGAGACAUCAGAAUUAUUGCGCUCUAGAACCUCCCUCUGGAUUUCAAUCUAUUGACAAACUUCAUCAAGGCAAGCGCAUGUUGAACACAUUUCCACCUUUUCACGCUGCCGGAAUCGCUAUUCACCUUGUUCACAGCCCACCAUUCGGCACUGUGUCUAUCGCUCCAUUAUCUGGUGCUCUUCCCACGGCUGAGAGCAUAGUCCAAGCACUGAAGACAGCCCAUGCAGAUGUGGCAUUUCUCGUACCGUCCAUCAUUGCCGACCUUAGUCAGAAACCGGACCUGCUAGACUACUGCGCUGAGAACUUGGAGCUCAUUCUGUACGCGGGCGGUGACCUCCCGCAAGCAAUAGGUGAUAGGAUUGCCGCCAAGAUGCCCAUUCAGAAUAAUCACGGUGCAUCUGAGUUUGGACUCAUUGCUCAGCUUCGAACACCAGAUAUGACAAGGCUGGAAUGGCAUUAUGUGCUACCUCACCCAGAGUUGGGAUGUGUUUUCGAAGAAAACUCGCCUGGACUCUACGAACUGGUAUUCAGAAAGGACCCGAAGUAUGAGAAGCAUAUCAUGCCCUUCACUAUUGGGCCAGUCCUGAAAGACCAGGAUGAAUAUCGCACAAGGGACUUGUUCAUCAAACACCCUACGAUUCCGGAUUGCUGGGCCUGGAAGGCUCGAGCAGACGACAUCAUCGUGUUCCUCAACGGCGAAAAGACGAACCCAGUGUCCAUGGAGCAGUCUAUCAUCUCCGCCAACGAAGAUGUCGUCCAAGCUCUAGUAUUCGGCAUGCAAAGGUUUCAAGCAGGUCUACUUGUUGAGACAUCACCUAAGCUGGGGCUGUUGACCGGGGAAAAGUUAGACGCGUUCAUUGAUAAGAUCUGGCCUUCCAUCGAUCGAGCUAAUCAGACUGCACCGGCUCACGCACGAGUUGAGAAAGCCAUGGUCAUUCUUACGAGGCCGGACAAACCGAUGAUUCGUUCUGGAAAGGGUACCAUACAACGACAAGGCACUAUUGCCAUGUACGCUACCGAGAUUGACAAUGUUUAUCUGGAGGCGGACACUGUCUUCACCGGUAUCGAACACGCAUCUCUAGAUACCAAGGAUGCUCAUCAAGUCAGCGAGUGGCUGAACAAAGUCAUAUUUCAGAUCGAGCCUAGCCUUCUUGAAGAUAACGGAAAGAAUUUCUUCGACAAGGGGAUGGACUCAUUGAUGGGUGUUAGAUUGGUUCGGGCUCUAAGGCAUGGCCUCGGCCAACCUGAGCUCGAACUGUCCGUUGUUUAUAACAAUCCUAGUCUGGAACUGCUCACGCAGUACAUUGUGAACAAGAAUAACAACGCUGUCGAUGUCAUAACGAAUCAGAGCGCAAAGGUGCACGACGACUAUUCCGAGAUCGGUAGCUUGUUAAAAGAGUACGAGCCGGUCAUUGACCAGAUCAGACAGCAGCCACGUACAGCCAGCGAUAGCAAGGGCGAAGUCGUGAUCCUCACCGGCUCCACAGGUUCUCUAGGUGUCCACCUCCUCGAAGCACUUCUGUCAUGCCCCACCAUCUCGCAUAUCUACUGCCUAAAUAGGCGUUCAAAUGCGAAAGAAGUUCAUGCGACCAAGACUGAAGGCCAGAAGUCCCAAUUGCCUCAGCAAAGCAGCCGCGUCACUUUCUUACAAGCGACUCUAGACCAGCCCAACCUCGGUCUCGAGGAGAAGAUGUACGAGACCCUGCGCUCAACAACUACGCUGGUUAUUCAUAACGCUUGGACUGUGAACUUCAUCUUGCCUCUCAAGGCUUUCCGCUCGCAAUUUGAUGGUUUGACCAACCUUUUCCGCCUGGCAGCGAGUCGUUCGGAUCCACCAAAACUACUUUACAUUUCGUCGAUUAGUUCCGUUGCACAGCUGCCGCGAGUGACUGCUUCUCCAACCAUUCCCGAGCAAGUCGUACGUGACUUCAAUGCUCCUUACGAGAUCGGAUAUGCCAAGUCAAAGCUUGUCUCGGAGUUGCUUUGUGACGCUGCAGCGGAAAAUCUAAACGUGCCUGUAUCCUUCGCUCGUGUCGGGCAGAUUGCGGGCGCUGUUGGCGAAGGCGUGAAUGCGCUAUGGAAUACGGCGGAAUGGCUGCCGAGCUUGGUCGUCACAUCGAUCAGCCUAGGUCUCUUGCCGGAGGAUCUGGGUGCAGAAUUGAAUCAGGUUGAUUGGAUUCCUGUUGACCUCCUGUCUAAAAUACUUGUAGAACUUGGGACCGGUCCGCCGUCGAGCCCAACGACGAAUGACGAGGUAACAAAUGGCACCACGCAUGGCGCUGAAGUCUUCAACCUACUCAACCCCAAGGUAACGUCAUGGAAAGAACUUGUUCCGGCGAUCGUCUCCAGCGUCAAGGAACGUACUGGUAAAGAUAUGAGCGUUGUUGCUGCAAGACUCUGGCUCGAGAAACUGCAGGAAACUGUGGACAACUUCUCUGGCGAUGAUGCGGCGGAUCUGGUGCGCACAUAUCCAGCUGUCAGGCUGCAAGAGUUUUACGAAGCGCGCCUGAUCAAUAGCGAGAAAGCUAUUAAGUGGGAUUUGGACCAUGCAACCUCGCAAAGUAAGACGUUGAAUGGUAUGCCUGCUAUAGGGAAGGACUGGGUCGAGAAGUGGGUUGACGGAUGGGUUGCAGAGCUGAAGGGAGUUGCCUCGCCAUGUCCAAGAUCGUAA